UCUUCCUCUCUCGUCUUCUCUCCGCCACGCAUCUCCUCACCGUCGCCCCCUCCCCGGCGAUGUCUGCUGCGAAUAGACCUCUCCUCGCCCCGCCAGCCUCCUCCUCCCUCGGCUCCCGCCGCCUCCGCCGCCCUCCGCCACCGACUUAGACCCGAAAUGCGCUCGCGCACUCCUCGCCGCCCACCGACGCCGGCCCACCGGAUGUCCGGCCCCGCCCGGCUCCGGCAGCUCCCGCCGCCUCCGCUCCGCCGCCCGGCGACCGCCACCGCCGCUGUUGCCGGCCGCCGCCCCCCGGACCCCUCCCUCUAGGUCCGGAGGGCAGUGGAUCCGGCGAGGCGAGGCGGCCCCAACAACCCCGACCCCAAAGCCCCCGUCCUCGCCGCCAGCCGCGUCGCCGCCCGCCAAAGAUGGAGAAGGAGGAACACGUGGCGCGCGCGGAUUGAGCCCGAAAAAUCGAGUGAUGAAAGCCUAUCCGGCACGGACUCCCCGUGCGGACGGGGGCGGCCGUUGCAGAUUGACAGCCAUCGGAGGCGGGCGAGGCCGCUACACCCGGGCGGCGAGGAAGACCAGAGGCCAGAGCAGAGGCGACCGGACGACGGAGUGCGGGCCACGGAGCCAGCCACGGGCGGCGCACCUUUACACGGGCGGAGCCGGCCGACGGAGUUGGAGAGGCGGAGUGAUCGGAGAAGCAGGUCGUGGAGCCGGAGUCUUGGCGUCCGCCAUGGAGCCGCACUGCCGUAGACAUGGCGACGAGCGGCCGCAGAGCUUAAGCCUGGAGGAUAUGGCGACCGGCACAUCUCAGGCGGAUGGGGAUUGCGGCGAGCGAGCGAGCGAACCAUGGUGGGCCUCGACGCCUCCUGGGGGCAUGGGCAGCCCAAUCAAUGGAUGGAUGUGCAGGAGAGUUAGGAAGGAUGGAUCUUGCUGGGCUCUAUGGGCCAGGUUCUUUUCAAGGGAACUCACUGGCUUCGGCUAUGGGCCAAGUUUCAGCGAAGUGAAGAGCGAACUCAAAUGAUUGUUGAAGGCUGUCGAAGAAUUGAGACGGUGGCUUUACAAGUGUUCGUGUCUUUUGGCUGGCCAUAUACGGCUAGGAUUUCCUUUUGAAUAAUUUGGACUCUGUAAUGGUCGUUAACUUUGUUUGGUGUGGUUUGUAACAAUCCUGGUCUGAUUCUCUCUUUGGAGAAUUGAAGCCGGAAACUAAGUUUCCAUUAUCUAAAAAAAAAACAUGACACGCGAGGGCGAGGAGAGCAAAAUGGAUUCCCAAGAGGAGCGGACCAGAUAUAUUGGAUGAAAUGAAACUUUUGAGUGCAGAAUCUUGCUCCUAGACA